GAUUAUCAACAAUAGAUUCUCGCAAGAAUUUGUCAUCACUGACAUUAACAGGUUGAUAUUACAACGGUCGAAAAUUCCAAGAAAACUUCUGCCAAAUACUCUGACAUUAAAUGCAUCUGGUUCGGGAUGUGCUUUUGUGCAGGUAUCGGUGAAAUACAAUGUACCUGCUAUUGAAAUACCGUCGGCGUUUGAUCUUAAGACUUCCGUUCAUCGUCGCGAUGCAAGAGAGGAAGAAGAAACUACCUCAUGUCAUCCAUUGCGACUGCAAAUUGAAGCAAAAUGGCUCAAAAAAGAUGUUUCCAAUAUGGCAAUAGUGGAUGUUAAACUUGUGUCUGGAUUCAUCGCGAACAAAAAAUCUCUGGAAUUGAAAUUAAGACACUCAAAAAAUGUUGCUUCAUGCUCAACUCGUUCAAACAAUGAUGAAACACACUUAAGAAGAUACGAAAUUGAUGGACAACGUGUUAUCCUUUAUUUUAACAAGAUAAAGGCUAUGAUUUUCUCGCUGGAUAUAAUACAGAGUACUGUGGUGAAGAACGCCCAACCUGGAGUUGUCAGUGUUUAUGAUUAUUACGAUCCAGAUAGCCAAGCAAAAAUUUUGUACAACAUCACUGAAAAUGACUGCCAUGGAAGGGAAAGAAAAGGAUGUCCAUUGACACCUUGUGGUUCUCACAGUCACUGUACAAAUAUCAAUGGUUCCUACACCUGCCAAUGUGAAUCAGGCUAUACAUCAUCCAACGGUGGACAAUCUUGUACAGCUACAGAAUGUCCUGAGGACUGGAAAAAAAUCGACGGCCUUUGCUUUUACAUUAGCAAUGACACUGCGUCUUCAUGGAAUAGUGCACGAGAUGACUGUCGUGAACGUGGCGGCCAUUUGACGGUUCCAACCAACUCCGAAAUGAAUGGUAUUGUCCUACAUGCCAUCCAGCAACGUAACAUUGAAUCAGUAUGGAUUGGCGUUUAUAGGAAAUAUGAAAGAAAGUUCUACGAAGUGGGUGGUGAUGAGAUAUUUUACCACAACUGGGAUUACAUGGAGCCAAACAACGUGUGGGAAGGAAAACUGCGUCGAAUUGCGAAACCUACCCCAUUUCUCAAAAAAAGGGGAUGGAAUGAUGUGCCAUGUAACAGGAGCGAUCUUCAUUACGUUUGUCAACGUUGUUUAUAA